AUGCUCCUGCUCCUGGUCCUGCCCUUGCUGCUGGGGGCCGCUUGCGCAGCUCCGGCGGCGGAUGGAGGUGCCGAGCUGCCGCCCGGGGAGCCGGAGCCGAGCUUCCCUCGGGAGGAGGCCAGUCUGAACGAAAUGUUCCGCGAGGUGGAGGAGCUGAUGGAGGACACGCAGCACAAGCUGCGGAACGCAGUCAAGGAGAUGGAGGCUGAGGAAGAAGGGGCAAAAAACCCAUCAGAAGUUGACUUUGAAAACUUACCUCCCAGCUACCAUAAUGAAUCCAACACAGACACCAAAAUUGGUAAUAAAACCAUUCAUACCCACCAGGAAAUUGACAAGGUUACAGAUAACAAAACUGGAUCAACAAUCUAUUCUGAGACCGUUAUUACAUCUAUAAAAGAUGGAGAAAGCAAGAGGAAUCAUGAGGAAUUUUGUUUCAAAAUUACUCUAAAGAGAAGGACAGGAGACCGUCAUUCCUGGCAUGAGAUGGCUUUAAGGACCAGCAUUUCACAAAUAGAAGAGUGCAUAAUUGAUGAGGAUUGUGAGAUAGGGAAAUAUUGCCAGUUCUCCAGUUUCGAAUACCUAUGUCAGCUCUGUAAAACCCAACAUUCACCUUGCUCCCGAGAUGUUGAAUGCUGUGGAGACCAGCUUUGCGUCUGGGGUGAAUGUGUGGAAGCUGCAUCAAAAGGCGAGAAUGGCACAAUUUGUGAAAAUCAACAUGACUGUAAUCCUGGGACAUGCUGUGCUUUUCAGAAAGAUCUUCUGUUUCCUGUGUGUACUCCAUUACCUGCAGCAGGAGAACCUUGCCAUGAUCCUUCAAACAAACUCCUGAACCUGAUCACAUGGGAACUGGAACCAGAUGGAGUGCUUGAGCGCUGCCCAUGUGCAAAUGGCUUGAUAUGCCAGACUCACAGCCACAGCACCGUGUCUGUAUGUGAAGUGUCUUUUAAUGAAACCAGAAGUAACGAAAAGGAAGACCCUUUGCUCAUGGAUGAAAUACCGUUACUUGGUUUGAUACCCAGAGAUGUGCUUGGCGAUUAUGAAGACAGCAGUAUCAUUCAGGCAGUGCGGAAGGAAUUAGAAAGCCUGGAAGGAAAUAUUUCCGAACAGACAGAUUUAAAGGAGCCAGACUUGGCUCAUGAUCUGCUCUUUGGAGAUGAGAUUUAAAUUAAACACAGGGUAGAUUGGUCACUGACACGAUACAAAUUAAAUUUCUAGAAAAGUGUCUAGUAUUUUGCUUGUAUAAAUUCUGAACACACACACACUGCUGGAUAGAAGUGCAAUAAAUAAUAUUUUAAAGGGGUUUCUUCCUAUUCUCGUCCCCCAAACCUGCACAGACUUUUUUUUUUUUUUUUAAUCCAUUCGGAAGGUUGGACUAAACUAAAUCAGAAAGGGCAAGUGUGGGCCAACAGUGUCAGGGUUUUUUUGGACUAGUUACUCUGUCCUGGGUACCAAAAUAAACUUACUUGUUUGGUAUUAAGGGGAAAUGAGCAUAAUGUGUCAAAGUGUUAAUGUUUCAUACAUAAUCUCAUUUAAAUUAUUGGUGACCCUCAAGUGAAAGUUUUGAGCAUUGCAUUUUCUGUACAUAUGUUUGGAAUGGUUGUUAUUGUUCUGGGGUGAGGAAGAACCCACUUCUUCGUUUAAGAUGAUUAUUUUCGGGCAUUGGUCUUCAGCCAUGUAUGCGUUUCUUUUAAAAAUAUAUCAUCACAGUGAAGUUGCAAUA